AUGACCUCAACAGUUGAAACAGGGAUCGCUGGUGUUGUGUCCACUCUGUACCAAGAAAUUUGCUGCUCUCAAUAUCACCCACUGAAGACAUUCUUUGCUCUACCUUGGCGAGAAGUGAUGGAGGAGGUGAUAUUUUUGACCGACAAACCCACAGGGUUUCCAGAACGGAGGAGGCGUUUAUCUUCAUGCACGCUCGAUGGCGAUGAAGCUGACGAAGUCGUUGAGACUGCCGAAGCCGUUGAUUACGAGGAGAUCAUUGAUCUCACUGCAGAUCUCACAGGCCUGCCAAUUUCUCGUCAAGGCGAGCUUCAUUUGGAGAAAAUACAACUGCUCAGUGCUACAGUACAAAAAGGGUCAUUUAUCCGGGUCAGAAAAUCUCUCUUUGGUAAAUACCAUAUCAAGUUUGUUCUGGUCAAAGCAGUAAUCCGAUGUCUGUCCACAAACACGAUCAAAAUCCGCGGCGUUCCCUUCAUCAAGGCCAGCGAAGGAUACUCAAAACCAUGCAACAUGAUGGCGAAUGAAAAGCUGGAGGUUUGCUUUGUCGGACAAGGGAGCCGCAAGAGGCAGGUCGAAGAGGCAUUCAUCCGCAUACAUUCGAGUGAAGCGGACACACAGUUCAAGGCUUCCGAUGAAACGCUGCGGAAGCGAUGGCGAGGCAAAACGAAUAAAGGAGGGUCUUGGAUCCCAUCCAACGUGGCCAUCGGUGUAGAGUCCGACACUGAAGAUAACCAGACUCGACUCGACGGACAACGAUACACAAUGUUCGACUCAUGCUCCGGCGCAGGGGGGGUAUCGCGAGGCGCCCUCAUGGCUGGAUUUAAGAUCCAGUAUGCUAUUGACAAAGCAUCGGAAGUAUGGGAUACCUAUGAGACCAACUUCCCUGAUACUGAAUUAUUCCGAAUGCCCCUUGACGAGUUCAUUUCGGAGCCUAAUGUUGGCCAGAAGAGAGUAGAUGUUCUGCAUUUUUCUCCACCAUGCCAAUUUUUUUCUCCAGCACACACCCAUGCAUCUAUACAUGACGAAGACAACAUUGCCGCGCUCUUUGGGUGCAAUGAAUUGCUACAGAAGCUGCGGCCGCGCAUUGUUACAGUAGAGCAGACGUUUGGUCUUACCCAUGACCGCCACGGAGAUUAUUUCAACGGCCUCCUUCAUGACUUCACGCAGUGGAACUACUCAUUUCGCUGGAAAGUGGUAAAGCUCUGUACCUGGGGUGCAGCGCAAGAUCGGAAGAGACUGAUCAUAAUUGCCUCUGCACCUGGGGAAAGAUUGCCACCAUUACCAAUGCCGACACAUGGAGAAGAACCUGGUUUGCUGCCAUACAACACCAUCGGCAAAGCUCUUAGGGGAGUUCGACUCGGAGACGAUCUUCAUAAUCCUGAUAGGGUCCAACACUUUAACCCCCCACGUGCCCCAUACAACUCUGAACGCCUUGCGGGAACGAUCACCACUAGAGGAGGCGACGUUUACUAUCCGGAUGGGUCCAGAAAGCUGACUCUACGGGAGUUUGCAAGCCUUCAAGGGUUCCCUAGGUGGCACUUGUUCUUAGGGAAUAUCACAUCCAUCAAGCGGCAGAUUGGCAAUGCCUUCCCGCCAGUCACUGUCCGUGUGCUAUACAAGCACAUAGAACAGUGGCUCCUAAAAGAAGACGGCAUAAUGCCCUGUCAUGACCGAAGCAUCAUUGCCAUUGAAGAGGACUCCGAGGACGAGUCACCCCGCUCCCCAGAGAUGAUGGAGCUAGAUAUCGAGGGCAGAAGCAACUACGACCACUGUGUAUCGGAGACAAUGGUGAUUGAUUUGACAUAA